CAAAUUUCUUUUUCUUGUUAUAUGAUGGAUCAUAGUGUUUGAUCUAGAAUGUUGACGUCAAAUAAUCUCUAUGAUCUAAUAUAGAAAAAAGGACAAAAGUUUAACAGUAUUAUUUCGGAACAUAUGAGAGAAAAGCUAAUAAAGCUGGUUUAUUGAGGAAGAGAGAAAGCAAAACAGUGAGAAAUCUGUGGUCUGAAUAGAUAAGAAGAAUGGGUGAAGUUGGAAAGUGUUGUUGUGGGGAUAUAUCAGUGUUCUUUGAAAAAUCAAAGCCAAGCUUGGCCAUGAUAGCUGUUCAGUUUGGGUUUGCAGGGUUGAAUAUAUUAUCAAAAUUUGCACUGAACCAGGGAAUGUCACACUUUGUCUUGGUAUUCUACAGGCAUUUAGUUGCUACAAUAGUCAUGGCUCCUCUGGCUUAUAUCUUUGAAAGGAAGACGAGGCCAAAACUAACAUUAAGGAUCUUCUGCGAAUUUUUCAUUAGCAGUUUGCUUGGGGUCACACUGAGUCAAAAUUUGUACAAUGUUGGGCUAAAGUACACAACAGCUACUUUUGCAACUGCACUCCUCAAUCUAAUACCUGUCAUUACUUUCCUCAUGGCUAUCAUUUUUCGUGUGGAAAGAAUAGAUAUUAAGAGUCUCGUUGGUCAAGCAAAGGUACUUGGAACCUUAGUUUGUGUGAGUGGAGCCAUGAGUAUGACAUUCUAUAAAGGAAUAAAAAUACAAUUGUGGCCAUCACCCUUCCACUUAAGUGAACAUAAUGAACGAGAUGGGAAAAGUGAAGACUUGACUAAAGGCUCUGUGUUGGUGGUUACCAGUUGUAUCUCCUUGUCAGCAUGGUUUAUUUUGCAGGGAAUUGUAGGUUCGGGAAUAGGUUUUUGUUUAAUGACAUGGUGCAUAAAGAAAAAAGGACCUGUGUUUACCACUAUGUUUAGUCCAUUGGUGUUAAUAAUAGUGGCUAUCAUGGGUUCUAUACUUCUUGAUGAGAAGCUUCACUUAGGAAGUGUUAUUGGUGGGAGCUUGAUUGUUAUAGGUCUAUAUUUUGUGCUUUGGGGCAAAGGAAAAGAAAUGGAAAAAAAUGUAAAGAUGCCAAAUACACCACCUACAAUUUCUAACAACAAGGAAUUGACUAAUAUGCAACAAAAUGAGGAUUGCAUUAACAUGCAACAAAAUGAAAGUGAUCACAAGGUAGAAGUAAGAGAAGCAAUGAAGCAUAAACGAUCAAUUGAUUCUGAGGAAAUCCUUGAGGAGAUGGUAAUAGAUGCUCAACAAUAGUGCAAUCCAAUAUAUUGAGGGAAAUGGAUACUAAUAUUAAAUACAUUAAAUGAUUUGGUAGUACAUAGAUGAGAGGUUUAUCCUCUAAGAAACAUAAAUUCCUUCUUUUUCUUAAUUAUAAAUUACUAUUGUAAAUCUAAUACUUUUUGGAUUACAUUCGAUGAUAGUUAAACACAUAGAUGUGAAG